UCACUUUUCCAGACAAAAUAUAGCAAAACUUACAGCACCUCAAAUCCUGAAACAUAUGCGCUUUUCUACUACAACUACAACAAGAAAUUAAUCGCCUCCUACAAUACGUUAGCAGAUCGUGGACAAAGAACUUACCGUUUGGCUAUAAAUCAAUUCAGCGACAUGCGUCUCAUACAUUUCAAUGCUUUAUUCCCGAAAACCACACAACCGACAACUAAUUCUGCAACACAAGCACCAACUGCAUCGGCUGCUGGCACAUCUUUCAAUCCCAUUGACGAUCUGGGCUUUACAAUAGAAGUUGAAGAUCAAGGCACCGUUUGCAAUGGCGGUUGGGCCUAUGCAACAGCAAAAUCUAUUGAACUAUUUGCUGCGAACGAAAUGGCCACAACAACACCAACACCACUAUCCGCACAAAAUCUGAUCGAUUGCGCUGGAUCGGGUACCGGUUGUUCGAAACAAGUGUCGCAAACCGCAUUCGAUUAUCUAGUUCUAUAUGGACAACCUUUGUAUUCGAAAGCCGAAUAUCCGAACAAUAAUCUGCUGUCGACGCAGGGCAUGUGCUUGCCGCCCACCACCGCCACUGGCACACCCAUCAAUUUAGCUGCAUAUGCUAGCAUUACCGAUGGCGAUGAUGCCACUAUGAUGCGAUAUGUAUUCAAUGGAUUUCCGGUUGUUAUCGAAUUCGAUCCUACUUCCUUCGAUUUUAUGCAGUACAGCUCGGGUAUUUUCGAUCCGCCAAAAACCUAUGGCGGCUCGCAUUAUAUGACAGUUAUCGGCUAUGGCACGGAUACAACUACUAAUAUCGACUAUUGGUUGGUGCUGAAUUCAUUUGGCACAACUUGGGGUGAAAGUGGUUACAUACGUAUAAAACGAGAUUCUACCAAGCCAUUGGCUAAGUCUGCGCUAUUCCCAACUGCACUGGGAGCAUGAUGAGGUUUGCGAUGAAAGAGAUAUAUAUUUAAAAUGUAGUGGAGUUAAAUGGCCUGGUAUUUUUUCCCCCGAGAUUUUAUAAU